AUGGAGCCACUGAAGAAUAUUUUUGCUCGCGGUCCACUGUCAAACUGGAAAGGGCUCGAACAAUCGCAGAAGGGCAACUUUACCAACCCCGUGUGGACGGCUCUGUUCGACUAUGAGGCGUCUGGGAAAGACGAGCUUACUCUUCGAAAAGGCGACUUGGUGGAGGUCCUGUCUCUGGACUCAGAGAUAUCAGGAGACGAAGGCUGGUGGGCGGGAAAGGUCAACAACAAAGUGGGCAUUUUCCCCUCGAACUACGUCUCGUUCAAGCCAAGCGGUUAUGGCAAAUUGCAGGGCUCGACGGUGGUCGGGGAACUUGGUCCGGUUGUGGUUGGAGAGUUCGAACCGGAAGCAGUGGAUUUUACUGAACUGAGUUUGGAGGAGGUUAUAGGGGUUGGCGGGUUCGGCAAGGUCUACCGGGGAACCUGGAGAGGUGGCCUAGUAGCCGUGAAGGCAGCUCGCCAGGAUCCGGACGAGGACAUCAGCGUGACGGCCCAGAAUGUGCGACAGGAGGCGCGGCUGUUUGCCAUGCUCACUCACCCAAACAUCAUCGCGCUCAAAGGGGUUUGUUUACAGGAACCCAACUUGUGUCUCAUAAUGGAAUACGCUUCCGGUGGCCCCCUGAGCCGGGCGCUGGCUGGGCGCCGCAUACCCCCGCACAUCCUCGUCAACUGGGCCGUGCAGAUAGCGAGGGGCAUGCUGUACCUGCACAGUGAGGCGAUAGUACCUGUCAUCCAUCGGGACCUGAAGUCUAACAACAUCCUCCUGGCCCAGCCCAUAGAGAAUGACUGCAUGGAGGGAAAGACGCUGAAGAUCACGGACUUUGGGCUGGCGCGGGAGUGGCACAAGACCACCAAGAUGAGCACGGCGGGCACCUACGCCUGGAUGGCCCCGGAGGUCAUCAAGUCCUCCACCUUCUCCAAGGGCAGCGACGUGUGGAGUUACGGCGUGUUGCUAUGGGAACUGCUGACGGGCGAGGCGCCGUACAGAGGGAUCGACGGGCUGGCCGUGGCGUACGGGGUGGCCGUCAACAAGCUGACCCUGCCCAUCCCGUCCACCUGCCCCGAGCCCUUCGCCCAGCUCAUGUCCGAGUGCUGGGAUCAGGACCCCCACCGCAGGCCCAGCUUCGCCUCCAUCUUGGCUCAGCUCACGGCUCUGGAGCAGCAGGUGAUGGAGGAGAUGCCCCAGGACUCCUUCCACUCCCUGCAGGAGGACUGGAAACUGGAGAUCCAGGACAUGUUCGACGAGAUCCGGGCCAAGGAGAAGGAGCUGCGCUCGCGGGAGGAGGAGCUGAAGCGGGCUGCUCUGGAGCAGAAGUCCCACGAGGAGUUCCUGCGGCAGCGGGAGCAGCAGCUGGCCCAGUGGGAGCAGGACGUGUUUGAGCGCGAGCUCAGCCUGCUCAUCCUGCACAUGAACCAGGACAAGCCCAACGUCAAGAAGCGCAAGGGCACCUUCAAGAAGCACAAGCUCAAGGGCAAGAAUGGGGAGAAGAUCAGCAUGCCCCAGGACUUCAUCCAUAAGAUCACGGUGCAGGCAUCCCCGGGCCUGGAGAAGAGGAAGAACUCUCCGGACCUGGGCUCUGGCUCUGGCUCCUCCCCUUCCUUCGGACCUCGAUUCCGGGCCAUCCAGCUGAGUCCCAGUCAGAACAGCAGGUCGUUUGGUCUGAGCCCCAUCUGGCCCCUGGAGCCCCUGCCCGGGAAACAGGCCAACGGAGAGCGACGCCUCACCCCCCACUGGGCCCCGCAGAGCCCCAAGAGCCCCAAGAGCCCCAAAGUUCUGCGCCUCAGUCCCCUGGAGAGCAGUCUCUCUAUGAGAGCCAAGCUUCUGGAAAUGGACAGCAGUGAGAAUGGGAAUUUUCCAUCAGAGUUUGAGGAGUACAGACCCCCCUCACCACAGUCUACUCAAAACGGCUUCUCCAUGAGGGAGCUUCCCAGGACCGUUCUACCUCAGGGGGAUUCUGGGAGUGAGGAGGGGGGGUCCCCGGCUGACUCCCCCAGGCCUGAGAGGGGGUCCGUGGGCGGGGCCGUGAGGGUCACUCACCGGGCCCUGUUGGACGGGGGCUCCCUGCUGGCCUCCGUCGCAUUGGGCCGCUGCCUGGAGGCCCCGCCCAAAGUCCCGCCCCGCUCCCACCCCGUCGUCCCGGAGACGGACGAAGGCCCCGCCCCGGACCCCCCCGUGGUGAACGACCUCAUCAUCUUCUCCCACUCGGACCACUCCCCCCGACCGCUCGUCGAUGUGACCCUGCAGCCCCCCGAAAUCAAGCCCGUGCCCCUCACCCCUCCGCCACCCCAACCCCGCCACUCUCACGGACCCCCCCGGCUCAGCCCGGGCGAGCGGGCCCCCCAGACCAAUGGGGAGCCGCCGUGUGACCCCUGGGGGCCCAGUCCCGACCGGAGGAGGCGGUCCAGUCACGGUCACCUGUCCUCUCAGCUGGUUCUGGACCUCCCCUUUUUCACCCAGGACCUCACGGAGCGGGACAGCUCAGCCCAGCCCCCGCUCGCCCUCUUCCCCGACCCCCGCCUCUGGAGCCCAAAGACGCGCCGGCUGGAGGUGAACGUGAUCCCCCGGCCCCGCCCGCCCUCCGUGCGCCCCCGAAUCGACCCCUGGAGCUUCAUCUCUGCCGGCGGGGCGGGGCGCGCCGCGGCCCGGGCGGGGGGGGGUCCCCCGUGUCACCACCUGGGACACCAGCCCUCCCCGACCAACCCCUUCACGAACUGCGACCUCUUCCCCACCCCGGACUGCGACCCCUUCGCCCAGAGAGCGGACCCCUUCGGGGCCCUGGACGUCCCCUCCCCCUUCGACCCCUUCUCCGCCCCGUUCCGCGCCUCCCGCUCCGCCCCCUGCUCCACCAACGUCAGCCCCUCCCUGUCCGCCCUCAGGGUGGCGCCCAAGUCCCUGGCGGAGCCCCCCCUCAUCGACCUGGGCUGGCGGGGGGGCAGCCCGCCGCUAGACGCCAAAGAGAGGCGGGUCCCGGGCCGGGCGUUGGCCACGGGGCUCAGCCCCUGGAAGUCCCCGACGCAGCUCACCAACGACAGGUUCUGAGACGCCCGCGCCGCGGGGGCCCGUCCCGGGGGGGCCGUCCCGGGGAGGGAGGUGCGUUAACAGGGGCCCCGGCGGAGGGGCAGACGGGGGCGACAGAGGAGCCGAAACCUGCUCCCGUCCUUGUCCCGCCUCUAUCCCGUCACCCUGAUAACUCCCUUUCAGGAAGCACUGUGUCCGUACGGAGAGCGGGGUCUCCGCCCCGAAACCCCAAAUCCAACAUGGCCGCCUUUUAGAGGGGCUCUAACACGAGACAGGGAGGAGUGGAAAAGUUCCCAAGUUUGCGCAUGAAUUUAUUCCAAAGAUCAAGAGGGGGACCCCUAUCCCCCCCAGCUCCCCCCUCCUCCUCAGUACAGAUCUGUAGACACACACCUGCAGGGCAGAUCCCCCCCUCCCCCCCUUUCCUCUAAUCAGUCGGCUUUUCACGCCUGUCGUAACGAAGGUGGAUACGUCUGCUCGCAGAUCGCUGUCUCUGAUCCCUUCCUGUAAAUCAGUAACACUGGAGGCGCUCAGCACCCGAGGCGCGUUGUUUUUAAUCCAUUUCCCAGAAUUCCCAGCUUUUCUCCUUGUAAAAACGAAUGCAGACGGAGGCGACACGAGGCGUUUGAAAGCUGCGCGGGUUUCUGAAGCAGUGCCGCGGGAUCCCUUGAGACCGAUGCGCACUUCGCCGCAGAAAACGCUUUUUGACAAGCGUCGCUCGACAAAAACGAAGGCGUGGCAUCGAUACUUUCGGCGGACGCCGGCGGGGGGAGGGUUCGGUUAUCUCCGCCGAGCUGCUGACCGUUUGCUGACGUUUCGUAAGCGGCCCGAUCGCUCUGCCCGGUGAAGCGUGACGGGGUCUGCGACGUGACAAAAUUUCCGCGGCGCGCGAUGUUGAGAAACAGCGUCUUGUGACACUUUUUUUUUUUUUUUUUUUUUUUUUUGCCAGUUGAUAAUUCGUUGGUUUUGUCGAACGACGCUUGACGAAAGUGUGCUGCGAGGAAGUGUAAAUUAGGCUCUGGGCCUGGUCCUCGAACGACCUUUCUGUCCUUGCCAGAGAGACAGUCACUUCCUGUCCUUUUGGGUGCUAGUGGGCCUUCGUUAUUUCGGUGCAGUUGUUAUGGGGCCCCGAGGCUGCCUCGGUGGAUAUAACCGGUCUAAAUCACCGGCUGAGAGAGACGGCCGUCGAUCAUCCAGGGCUCCGGAGCUUCUGAACGCCAACUGCCUGCUCUGGACAUACGGCCACCUGCGCUGCCCCGUUUCUAACCAGGGAGCCCGUUUCUAUGGGUACAGGGGAACGGUCGCUCCUGUUCACAUCGCACUGUUUGUAACGUCACACCCUUCGAGAGAGAGAGAGAGCGCCCGGGGUUGUUAGCGCGACGAUUGCGUGCGGCUGCGCUGUUGUCACCUGACGUGCCAGCGUCAUUUCAGCUUGACUCCGUUUCACAAUCUGUCGAAAGAAAAGAGCAAACACGGGAACGUGCUCGUUUAAAUUGAACCCAGGGCUGGUGCCUCUGCUGGAUUUGAGAAGCACAGGCUGAAGUAGAUGACCUUGAUAAGUCUGAUUGACAGGAUUCUUGGCUUGAUCACUUGGGCAACACAUACACUGAGUGUCUUGACUCCAGUAAUAAACAGCAUAAUGUCAUGGACAGAACCUUGGCCUAGGAGCGCGAUUAAAGUCAAAUUAAAUGCUGUUUUGAAAUGGGAUUUAUUUGGAAGAAACAGCAUGGAGGGGACAAAUAUUUGAACUCCCUUGAAAAGUUCUUAAACUUAGAAUUUAGCUGGUCCUUGCUGUAGGAUAUUGACGGACUACACGAGGGGUAGUUGACUGUCCAAACAGAGCUGUGAGGGAGUCUGGGUAUUGUAGUCUGCCAUCACACAUGAUUCUCCGACAGUGCCAGUGCCUUGCCAUUCCUUUUCCGUUUCCUCUCAUUGCAGACGUGAUCUCACCCUUUUUGUCAUGUGAUUAUUUGAGCUCUUAAUUUUCAUUUUUCCAUCUCAGUCUUGCCGUGCAUCGCCAUUAAAACCUGGUGCUCCCAAACAUUGACUUCCUCUUGGGCCACAGUCAUAUUUACAGGGAAAAUAUGUACUUCUUAAUUUUGCAUAAUUAUUUCUAUAAUUUCAUAGUUAGUGUUAUUGCAGUUUUCAGUAUGAUGAUAAUAAUAAUUCUAUGGUUAUUAUUAUUAUUAUUAUUAUUAUUAUUAUCAUUAUUAUUAUUAUUAUUAUUAUUAUUUCCAUAGUUGUCUCUGUGAUCUCAGCAUCCCGUCAGUAAAGGCAGCCCAAAGGUAAAGCUUACCUGUGUCCGUAUGGAUAACACUUUAAGGAUAUGAUGUAAAUCGCAACGUGCAGUCCUCUCUCUCCCCAGCAAACCCAGUCGUGUCUGUGACAGCGAGACAUCCUCUCACAUUAUGCCCGUAUGAAUAUAGCAUCAAUACUUCCGCGUCUGACGCAGCCGUCACCAAUGUCUGGGGGGCAGCGUUAGAUCAAAAGGGAAAAGGGCAUCGACAAUCACUCCGAAGGUGCAGUGCAAUUCGAUAUCGCUUUUCUUUUUCCGGUGCCAAAGAUAUGUGCCCGUGGAGUUUCCCCUCAGAGGACACCAGCCCCUCCCGUUCUCUCUUUGAAGGAUCAGGAAGAAAAGGGUCAGGUUGACAUCGCAGCUUGAGCCCCGCUGUUAGAACAGGCCCGUAUAAUCCGGUCCAACGCAGGUUUUUAUGAAAAAACGCCGGAUUUGUUUCAGAAGAGCGCAGGUAGUCAGUCUGCACUUACCUGUUUUCUCUUCGUGGAAAAAAAGGUUCAGGAGCUCUUACGGCCGAACACGUUAAACUGUGCAGGGCAAAGUUCCUCCAGGUGGCUGCAAUGCUAGGAACCCCUGAACCUUUUAAAAAAAAAAAAAAAAGAAUUGGCAGCAAAUGCACAUUACUGUAACUCACGAAUCGCCCAUUUACAACUCUGAGAUCUGGAACAGUACCUACCUCAUUUGCAGUGGACAGUGCAGUCUCUUAGAAGCCCCCCAAACACACACGCGCACACACACACACACACACACACACACACAGAGGCGGUUUAUUUGCCACCUGUCCUGCGUUUUAAGUUUUCUCCACGUCGCUUUAGGCGGCGCUGUGAAAUGCGUCUGAAGUUCCGCUUUAGACGGGAAUUCCAGAUUCCGGGUCCGUCUGAGCGCACUCAGCGGCGGGCGGUCGGCGUGGCGACAGGGCGCGAAUAACGAGCGGGCGAUAGGCGGCGUGGACGCGUGGCUCUCUCAGGCGCUGCUCCUGCCGUCACCGCAGAUCAGCGUAGCCUGUCGCCGGCCGUCCCCCAUUGGCUGGACAGCUGGAACCCAACUGUGGGGCUGAGGAGCCGGGCUUACAGAGACCGUCAUCCAGUUUAUAAAGUGUGCUAAAGGGGCGUGUCUUCGGCUGCGGACUAGCACGUUAGCCAUUAAAGCGGUUAAUUAGCUGUGCUUCUUACUGUGCUUAACUGUAUUAACCCUUUUAAGAGUAGGUUUUAUGGAAUUAUUAUUUAUUUUUUUAAUAAUUCCAAGUCGGUGUUCUAGAACUCCAUUGCUUUCUUGAAAUAGUGGCCAUUUCCAGUAGUGAUUGUUACAUCAUUAGUAUUAGAAUGUUCAGCUGAGAGCAUUCUAAUAACAUUGUGAUCUCACGCUUUAAAGGGUUAACUAAUUAUGCCCAAAUCCUAGGCCUGUGCAGAGGAGCCCAUAGUUAAUGUUGCCUGCAUUUCAAACUGAUCUCAUGCAGUUUCAGUCCUUAGUCACCUGUAUGGCCAGAGAAUUUUUACUAAUUAGCCAGUUUGAUGGCUUACACUGGUGGUCAUGGAACAUUCCUUUCUUCUGGUCUUAAAUAACUAUAGAUUUGCUCUACACUGUUCCUUACUUUUGUGGGAAAAAAUACAAUGAGAAAAGCUAAUCAAAAUAGCCUCAACAAUCUGUUGAAGCACUUGCUUUUUACUUUUAAUAUAUUUCAUGAUGUUCACUUGACAACGGUGCUCACUCAUUGUUUUCUUUAAAAAAUUAAAAUAUAGUCUUAACACACUGGAGCUUAAAUUAUUUUUUUUUUAAUUUGGAAAAAUUGAAUUAGCGUUUUGUUUCUUGAAAUUUAAACUCAGGAAAAGUGUUUGGCUGGCCUUGUCACGGUGGGCCUGGAGACAGUUCAAUCGCACCAGAUGCGUAAGUCCAGCUGUUUUUCGUCCUCUUACCUUUGUCGGCUGCUCGCACAACAAGGUGAAACAAAUAUGCAGCGAUGCCUUCGCCAGAAUCUAAAUCCAUCUCCAUGACAACGCUUCUACUCUGGCUCUCUGUGUUCAUGUUGGGGGGGAGGUGUGCCGUUAACACCGGUGUCAUCAGUCCUGCUCCAAGAGGGGCUGCUGGGUCUGCUCCUGGUUUUCCGUUUCACCUUAAAAUCAGAAACCGGGUUAGACCCCAGAAACCAGUUCAGACCCCAGAAACUAGGGGACGUGAGCUAACUGUGUAAUUAAGUGGAUUUAAUUUUUUUUUUACUGAAGUGCAGACUGAGGAGGAAAUCCAGCAGAUCCUGCAGCUCCCCCGGACCGGAAUUGGGAAAUCCCUGUGUUAGUAGAGCAGAGAUUUCCCACAGCGCGGUAUCAGGGCCUAAUUUCCCCUUCACGGCCUAUUUGUAUUUCUUCAGAGGACAAUAUUCAGCCCCUGUGUUGCUUUCAUACUCACGCCUAUGUUUCCGUACCCAUGAGUUUGUUUUUUGCUUUUGAAAUAUCAACGUCCAAACUGCGUGUGACGUGCCAAGUGGACACUAGUGUUGUGUGCAUUAAAAUCGGAAAAGUUUUGUUGCAUUUAUAAAGCUGAGAUUCCACUUAUACAGUUGUGGAAAUGACUGUUCUAAAGUACACACUAAGGCGAAUGGAACGAGUUGAAGUUUUCACAGAUCGCGUUCUCGCUUGCGAAUUGGUCAUUAGUUGGCCAGGAACUGUGUGCUGCUCAAAUCACACGAUACCACUGUUCAGUGUUUUGCGCUCCACGGUAAAUCCACUGUGAAAUUCUGAUGGAAACAUAGAGAGUAUUCAGAUGAAACAACGGCAAGACUAAAAGUACAUUGGGGAGAGGAGGGGGGAGGUGAGGGUUAUCUGCAGGUCUUCAGUGUCUGACCAGGCACAGCUACUUGAAUUAUGGUCGCUCGGUCUCAUUCAUAAAUAAAACAUUACAUUAACCGCUAUGCUACUUCCUGAAACAGUGCUGCGAAACCUGGGGCCUUUCCAGUUCCCUUCGUAAUGCUGCAGUGUAACGAGAGGCCGUCUCUCUACCGCUGUGUAACUUAACAACAAAAAACGAGAAGUAUUCGUAAUGACCAUCGCGUGCGUCAGUUGGCAUUUCACUGGACAUUCGGUUUUGCGAAGAAAAUAAUUUUAGAAAGCAAAUACUGUUAUUUAAAAAAGUUUAUUUUUAUUUUUUAAAGUGGCCUUUUUACACUGGAUGAUUCAACGAGAGCUCUGGUCCCUGUGAGAACGCUCGAUUGCUUCCCUAAUUCCAGCAACUCUGCUUUCUUUAUUAGGUCUUCACUGGAGUUUUAAAGACUUUACUAUGGAUGCCUGUAGGGGACAAAAACCUUGUGGGCCUGAUUUCACGGCUCCAACGGAAACGUGUAUUUGGUUUAUCGGCCGAUCGUUCCCGCUCCCCUUUGGUGCUUCUGUGUAACAGAAAUGAUGAAGUGUCUCAGAUCCGGUCAUUUUAGGGGGACAUUUUAUGCAUGAAAUCAAAAUGGACGCUCGUUCCUCACAGGCAUUCAUACAGAAAUAUAUGCUUAUGAGACAUGUGAUCUACCAAGAUAGAGGAGUGGGUGCUCCCAGUCACAGUUUUUUUUUUUUUUUUUGGUUCAGUGACCAUUUUUUCCAAAACAUUUGGGUAAUCCUUCCCUUCACGUUCUUUUGUCCAGUUUUUACAAAGAAUUGUAAUUAUGGCUGGUCAUUCACGUUCAUUUUAUCAGGAAUGGUGGCAGCAUUAAACGGAUCGGUGAUUUCAGUACUUUCAUUCGGAACAUUUUUAAAAUGUGUGACAUUUAUAUUCUCCAUGAUUUCUUAUGGAGGAGAUGUACUACAUGUCAUCAUAUAUCCUCCAUAAGAAAUAGUCAUAUAAUCAUCAGGGCUAUUAAGUUUUUUAUGUGAUGUGUCUGGAACCUAUUUCUGUGACUUUGGCCAAACUUGUUUGUAGUAAAAUGUUCGAAGAAACAUUGCAAACACAAUGUCAUCUCACAACCAAAUUUGGAAAUCCAACUGAUAUCUUCCUCAACUUCCACAGAGUCUAUGCUGCUGUCAUUCUGUUUUUAAAGUCUUCCAAUACAGGCAUGCUACUGGAGAAUAACAGACCAAUCAGAGACUCCAAUUAUGUCAAAUUAAGUUUGGAUCAAUCAAGCAGAUAUAUGCCUAUAAGACAACAUUUGGUGAAAAGUGAGAUAAGCACACCGAUUUUGAACAAAGUGCUUACUGAUUGGCAAGUUUUCUUCUCACGUGAAUGGAAGACAAGAGUCUGAUUGGUUAGUUCUUUUCUGUCCAUCACUUUGCCUCAGAAUGGUCACCAUGUGCAUUGCCUUGACUCUAUCUUGGUGGAAUACUUGCUUUCUUUUUGUUUGUGAAACAUUCCUCUGUUGAAUAUAUUUUAUAUUUAAACAUAGGCUAUAUAAAGAUUUAUGUCGCAUUUUCUCAAAGCCCGGAUAAUAGCUUCCAGAUUUUUGUUUCUUACCUGUAUAAAUAAAAUGUUGAUUGCCGGGUUUUGAGGAAUGC